GUCAGCUGAUCCCCAAGAGUUUCGUGGCGGCGGUCGGUUCCCUUAGUUACUGUUGGGUACCGGUUUUGAGUGGCUCCUGGAGCUGCAGAGGGGCGUCCAGGCCUGCUUUGUCCUUCGCAGUUUGUGAACCUAACCCUGCCCUUUUCCGAGGCCCUAGGUGUCUGGAGCCUCCGGCGUCCCGUUCCCUUGCCCUGGGCUGCGCCUCAGGCUCCGGUCCCAGAACUUGGCUCUUCGUACGCCCGCAUCCAGGAAACGCCGGCGAGUCCCUAAGCAGGCCCGACUGCAGCGAGCAGAGUGGGGCCGUGGGUGUGAGGCUGCCCCCCUCCAUGCUGAGGAGCAGCCGGGCCCGUUGUCCCGCGGCCGGAGUACAGGAGCCUAAGAUGUUUCCAUUUGUGUAAAUAAUUUGUGAAUAUUUGCUUUGGGAGUUGAAAACUACCUGCUGAUUAUGGCUCAUCAAUAUUCGAAGGAACAGCUAGAUGAAGAGUUUGAACAAUUUAUGAAAGAGUCUCUUUCAGAUGAUUCAUUUGGAAACUCAAAGAAGACAUACAGACAUCAUAGAAAAAGAGAUUUGAAGAAGACAAAUUCUAUACCAUGGUGGUUAACAGAUGAUGAUAUUGAAGAUGAUGGAGUACUUGGAACAAAUGUAAACUUUUUGAAAUCACAAAAGAUUUCCCAGCCUGUUGUUGAGAUGGAAGAAGUUACUGGCAAAGUGUACCUCUGCAAGAGCAGUGGCACUUCUGUGAUAAGCAGAGACAGUUUAGAAACAAAUGAUUCAGUUGUUGCUUCUGGGCCUAAUCUUGGCAUUUUGGGAUUGGAUACUUUAGAAGAACAAGAAGAAAAGGAAAGAUUUUUUGCCAUACUUGAAAAAGGCCUAACAUCAACCAUUGAUUAUUCAAAAUUAAAUAAGGAAUUGGAUUCUAAUGAGUCUACAAAAUUAAAAGAUUUACUCAGAAAUGAAACCAAAAUGGAAUCAACUGAAGAUGAAAAUGAGGAUGAUUCUAAACAUGAGGAAAUAGCAGAAAAUUACAGUGAUGAUUUUGAAGAUGAUGGAGAUGUUGAUGUAUUGUCGUCACCUACUGAAAAGGAAGAAAAUCAAAACAAGCAAAAUCCCAAAUCUUUGGAAGAGAUAAAUGCUCCAGCCAAGAAAGAAGAGAAAACUGGCAUGUUAGCCAAUGUCAUGCUGCUGGAUUCAUUAGAUUCAGUUGCAGAAGUGGAAUUGGAUUCUCAAGAUAAAAGAACAACCAAAUUACAAGCACAGCCAGAAGUCACUGAUAAUGAAAUGACCAGGACAGGUAUGUCUUAUGGACAAAGCAGCAGUGACCUGGAAGCACUGCAUCAGGCCUAUCAUCAUAUUGAUCAGUCUUUGGGAGACACAGAUGAACCCAAAAUUGAGAGUAGCAAGAGCUUAGUGCAGGAUGUUCUUCAGGAAACGGAUGAGUGCUCAAAAAACAUCUCUACUCCUGAAUCUGCCCUGCAUACUGUAGAGGAGUUGAUGAAGCCUAUUAGAAUGGACUCAUUACAUGGCAACUGUUUUAGUGGUCAGCCUGUCAGCAUGAAAAAACCGAUUGAUAGUAAGACAACUGAAUUUGUUAGUCCUCUACCUCUUAAGAAACAACCUCCUGUAAUGUCUCAUGAGCAGCCACAGCAGCAACAUUUGGAUCAGGUUUUUGAAAAGAAUGAGAAGAAUAUUUUUUUGCAAAAGACUACAAACAAAAUUAGUGAAAGUAGUUUACCAAGAGUGACUCCUACUGAAGAACAUCUAGAUAAAAUGCACCUUGAUCUUUUAAGAAAAAAACUGUCCCAAGAUUCUUCACCCUUAGUUCAUGAUAGUAAAAUUAAUCAAGCCAUCAGAUCUCAAUUACCUCAGCUGAGCUCCGGAGAGGAUGCUGUCAGUCCUGUUAUCAAUAAACAGGCAACAUCCAAGAAGACAAGAAGUACACCUCCUUUACUUAAGAGAAAAUCACAGAGUGGACCCUAUGCAUCUGUGAGCAGCUCAGGAUAUGGAAAAUCAUAUUCACCAUUAAAAGCUUUUUCUACUGUUGAAAAGAAAACAUCAAAGGACAUUAUGAAAAAGGAAAACUUAAAAUCCAAAUCCCCUCCAUAUAAAAUCAGGCAAAAAGGAAAUUUAUUUGCAACAAAAUUAAUAAGAUCUGGAGCUGCAGGUAAACAAGUGACCAAAACUGAAAGUUGCCUAGCCACUCCUAAUAAAUCACUUGCUAAUGACCCUCAGCAUCAAGUUCCUCCAGAAGUAGACUCCCAAGUACUGUGUCAGGAUGAUUCCAUCCUAUGCCCUGUGGGAAACCAAGAGAGAGAACUGUAUUGGCUAAAAAGGGUUCAAGAGGCAGAAGAAAAGUGGAGUGGAGCUCAAGCCAUAAUUGAACAAAUUAAAGCCACCUUCUCAGAGAAAGAGAAAGAACUUGAAAAUAAGAUGGAAGAAAUAAAGAAACAACAGGAAAAGGAACUUUUUAGAGUGAAUCAAGAUAAUUAUAUACUUCAAGCCAAGUUGAAUAGCUUUGAAGAGACAAACAAAAAGCUAAAAUGGUUUAACACUGGAGAAACAGCUGGGCCCAUCUCUGAAGAAAAAUUAAAGCAAAUCCAGAAAGAAAUCCAAGAACAGGAGACCCUUCUUCAAGGAUAUCAGCAAGAAAAUGAAAGAUUAUAUAAACAAGUUAAAGAGCUUCAAGUACAAAAUAAGAAAAAUGAAGAAAGACUAUUUAAAGAAAAUCAGUGCUUAUUGACUGAAUUGGCUUCCUUAAAAGAACAACUGAAUAAAAGUAGUUUCCCGUCUCAAGUAGUUCAAGAUUCAGAGCCAAACAAAAACCAAAGUUUUACAGAAUUGCUAGCAGAACUUCGAACAGCACUGAAAGAAAAAAACAGAUUAUUAGAAGAGAUUAAAAUACUGAAGCAAGACAAACAAGCUCUUGAAGUGGACUUGGAAAAGAUGAAGAAAGAGAGAGACCUUGCUAAGGAUCAGAUUGUUUAUACUUCAGGUGAGAAAUCUUAUGAGAUAAAGCUCAUGGAAGAAACUCACAAAGAAGAAAUCAGUCAUUUGCAGAAGAGAUUACAGUGGUAUGCAGAAAAUCAGGAACUUUUGGAUAAAGAUGCUGUUCGGCUUAAAGAGGCAAAUGAAGAAAUUGAGAAGCUCAAACUCCAGGUUGAAAAACUGAAAACAGAAGCCGGUAAUCAGUCUGUACAACAGAAGUUACAUCUGAAAGACAGAGCAGCUGAUGCUAAAAAAAUUCAGGAUCUUGAACGACAAGUUAAAGAAAUGGAAGGAAUUAUAAAAAGAAGGUAUCCUAAUUCUUUACCUGCUUUAAUAUUGGCUGCCUCAGCAGCAGGUGAUAUAGGUAUUUCACCUAAAAAUACAGUUGAAUUUAUGGAAAAACGCAUAAAAAAAUUAGAAGCUGAGCUUGAGGGUAAAGAUGAAGAAGCAAAAAAAAGCCUUCGUACUAUGGAACAGCAAUUUCAAAAAAUAAAGAUUCAAUAUGAACAGCAAGUGAUGGAGCUUGAACAACAUCUUGCCAGUAAAUUAACAGAUGAUGAAAAGAAACAUGAAAACUCAGCCAGUAUGAAGGCCCUGGAGCAAGAACUUUGUGACAUGAAAGAGGCCCAUCAGGUCACUGUAAAAACUCUUGAAGCAGAAAUAGAAAUUCUUAAAAAUCAAAAUACCCAGUUAGAACUCAAGAAGAAUGAAAGAGAUGAUAAAGAUUUCCAGUCUUUAGAAUUCCAAGUGGAACAGGCUCACACAAAAGCCAGACUAGUAAGACUUAAUCAAGAACUGGCUGCAAAAGGAAGAGAAAUACAAGAUCUUACAAAAACCAUAGAAAAACUUCAAAAAGAGAGACGACUGAUGCUGUCCAAUCAGAACUCAGUUGACAAAGCUGGAAGUGAGGAAAGAUCUGCCAAAAAGGUGAAGAAGGAUUUUUUGGCCUCCAGUAAAAAGAACGCUGAGUCCAUCCCAGAAACCUUGGCUAGCAAACUGUAUGAACCACAUGCCUUUGCAGAUUCCCACAUAUCAGAAGUUUUACAAGAAAACUCCAGAUUACAAAAUGAGCUGGAACAAGUGACUUCUGAAAUGAAUGAGCAGAGGGCAAAGUCUGAAGCAGCACUUGCCCACUCUGAAAGUACUGUGAAAAGAACCAAAGAAGAUGCAGCAGAGCACAUUGCUGCCCUCAAAGCCUCUCAUCAGAGGGAAGUAGAAAAACUUCUUUGCCAACAUGCUAUAGAAAAUUCUUCUUCCAAAGUAGCUGAGCUAAAUCGCAAAAUCUCAACACAAGAGGUCCUUAUAAAACAUCUCCAAACACAGGUUAGUGAGCUGCAAGGAAGUAAAGAAUCCUUAGCAAUUUCUCAAGUUCGAGAGGAAAUCCUUCAAAAAGAGAUUUCAAAACUGUUGGAAGAAUUGCGAGAGGCUAAAGAAAGCCAUACCCCGGAGAUGAAACAUUUCAUGGGUCUGGAAAGAAAAAUCAAACAUAUGGAAAUGAGGCAUGUGCAAAGAGAGCAAGAGCUUCAGCAGAUAAUACAACAGACGCGCCAGGUGGUUGAAACUGAGCAAGAAAAGGAAGUGGAGAAAUGGAAAAGGCUGGCGCAGCUAAAGAAUCAGGAGCUAGAAAAAUUCCGUGUGGAAUUAGACUCCAUAUUGGAUGUUCUCCGAGAGCUUCACCGACAAGGAGUUGUUGUUCCAGUUCCUUUCUCAGAUGGAUUGAACGUCCCUGAAUGUUAAGGGUGAAAGGGAAGGGAGUGUGUAUACCUGGGAGGAGGAGAAAAAGCAGAGCUGCAGAAGAUAGACAUGGAGCCUGCGGCCGAAAGAUUGUCACAGAUUAUUCAAACAAGCAAGGAAGGUAGAAGAUAAAUUAUCUUUGAUGGAUAAGAUUUAAAAAUGAUGUGGUGCUACAUUCUGUUUGUAGGGAAAAUGUCAACUAACUUAUGCUAAAUUAUCUAGAGGAAAACACCUGUAUUGAAUGAUUAUAGGUAACUUAAUUUAUUUGUAAGCUAUUACUUAUGUAAUAGCAAUGGAAAGCUUUAGAGAAAAAUGUGUGUAGGAUUACAUUGUUAUUUAACAUAGGCUCAUUUUCUUUGUGCCAAGAAAGCAAUUUCUGUUUUUCUUAUAAACUCUUGAAGGAGUAACCUGAGUGUAGUAUCAAAGGGCAUCAUUCAGAAUAGCCAAGCAGGUAGUGUGGCAUCCCCAACGAUUGGAAGGAGAACAGUUGUUUUUCAGUGUUCAAAAUUAUUUUUCUUUUCCUUUUCUCAGUUUUACCUUCAUCCUUCCUUGAGGUGGCUCUUCCCACAUCUGGUAUCCUUCUAGAAUAAAGGGCAAUUAAAUCUAUCAGUUGUUUAAAACUGUGACUUUGGAACAUAGGAUUGUGUUUAAACCAACAAAUCCCAAACACCACUUCCAUUUAUAACAAUUCCUUUUUUGAGGUCAGGCUAUAGAUGGAUGAAUGCAGUAAACUUCAUAAAUAAAUUAAAGCUGUCACAGUUGAGCUUAUAGCUUUUCUAGAACAAGCAUUACAAAAUAGGACCUUUCUGUGGUCCAUAGGGACAGAUCUUGGUUUAAAUUAUGUAAAAGAUGUAUAUGGAAAUUUUAUCAAUAGCCAUUUUAAUGGUUAUUUUUAAUAUUCAAGCUCAGAAUUAGCUGUGGAUAAUUCAAAUGAAACGUUAUAUUGGGCAUUUCAUAAAGCAAAGAUUGAUCCAAAUUCAGGUAAUUUGUGUUUUUAUAUUACACUAUCUUUCUCCUCAUUUGCAAGAAGAGAUUUUUAAUUUUAAACUGAAUUUUUGGUAACACUAUAUUGAGAACUAGAUGAAAUAAAAUGUGUACAUUUGGAAGCAGAGAAAAAAUGAGCAUGUAUGUAUAGUCUCAUUGUUUUCCAAAAGAAGAGGUUGUCAACCUUAUAAUUUAUCAUUUUAUUUAUGUUUGUAUGAAAGAAUUAUACUAUGAAGUAACAAUAAAAUUUUCUACUUUUGUUAUUGUUUGUUA